AUGCGUCACCUUAAGUUGCUCCAAUUUAGUCCCGUGGAUUUUUGCGGAAGGCUUGAUUUUCUUUCCAAUGAAUUAAGAUAUCUUAGUUGGUGUAUAUAUCCUUUUGAUUAUUUGCCAUCAAAUUUUCAGCCAGACAACCUUGUUGGGUUGAUCCUGAAUGACAGUCGCAUUAAGAAAUUGUGGAAAGACACAAAGCCUCUACCCAAUUUGAGACUUUUGGAUCUCUACCGCUCGGAAAGUCUCAUCGAGUUACCACAUUUUGGAGAGGCCCCAAAUCUUGAGCGGCUAUGUCUCAAAGGAUGUAUACAGCUCAGGCAGAUCGAUGCAUCUAUAGGUCUUCUAAAAAAGCUCACUGAAUUGGAUUUGAGAGAAUGUGAAAAUCUCAUAAGCGUGCCCAGCAGCAUACUGGGCCUCAAUUCUCUUGAAUAUCUGAGUCUCUCUGGUUGUUCAAAACUGCGUAUGCUUUUAGACGAACCAAGGGAUGGAGAGCAUUUGAAGAAGCUUUGUAGAGGUGAAGCUCCUAUUCAUUCCCUAUCAGCAUCCUCCAUACUUCCAGAAGAUUUGUGUAGUAUCUCACGUAUGCGUGAACUUGAUCUAAGUUACUGCAGUUUACGUCAAAUCCCUGAUACUAUUGGAAAUUUACAUUGCUUAGAAUGGCUAAAUUUAAGGGGAAACAAAUUUGGCACACUACCGAGCCUGAAGGAGCUUUCCAAACUGUAUUAUAUAAACUUGGCGAGUUGCAAGCAGUUGAAAUGUUUGCCUGAGCUACCUUCACGAACUCACUUGUCAUCAGAAAUUUACCUGUCGCCAUUUCGAGAUGUCAUCGGAAGCCGAGGAAUAAACAUUUUCGACUGCCCAGAAUUAGUUGACAGGGAAGGGUGCAGUAGCAUGUGUUUUUCAUGGAUGAUGCAAAUUGUUAAGGCCCACCAUCAAUACCCACGUUUUAGCCCUUUGCGUAAGCCUUGUGUUGAAAGUGUUAUUCAAGGAAGCGAAAUACCAAGGUGGUUCAACAAUCAGCAUGAGGGGAUGGGCAAUUUAAUGAUCAUAGACACACCUCCGCUUAUUCAGCAUGACAAUAAUUGGAUUGGCAUUGCGUGUUGUGUAAUAUUCAGGUUUCAUGACCGAAUGAUAACAACUUUGCCGAUUUUUCCUCUGAGAACAGAACCACUACAUACUCUGGGUGUUGAGAUUCCAUGGGUACCUUUCAAUGAAGAAGAUAUGAAGACAUCAGAUCGCAUCUGGCUAUUCUAUUUCACUCGACAACAACUAAUCAGCCAAUGUUGCGUGGGCCGCAUGCCUGAUCGUGCUGACUUCAAAUUCAAAUUUGAAAUACGACGCACACCAUUAUUUGAGAGUAGGGUGAAGGAAUAUGGGUAUCGUUGGGUGUACGAGGAGGAUGUAAAACAUUCCAACGUCACAACGAUGCACAGCGGAGACUUGUUGCCUCAGAAACGAAAAGCUUUUGGCAAUUGA